AUGGAAGAAGCUGAUCCUGCGAACCCAGUGAGGAUGGAAGGAGGAAGGUGGACGGUAGACCUGGUCAGGUUGUCUCCUGCAUUCCUCCCAACGGCCUCCAAGCUUUCCCUCCCAGGACCCUCAAAGAGAUCUGGUGAGUUGCAGGGAAUGGAGAUGGGGACCUUGGGAGAUGUGGGGGUGAAGAAGCUCCCCUGGCAAGAAAACGAGGAAGGCUGCAGGGCCAGAGCUCUGGACUGGCAGAGAUAAAAGGUAAAACCAAAGGAAAGGAAUGAUUUAAUGGUGAUGUGUAGAAGAUUCAUUUUCACGCGUGACUCCUUUCUUCUCUGGUGGGGGUCAGGAGGAAGACACCCCACUUUUACCAUGGAAACUGUGACUGGGAGCUCCACGCAUAAUGAGGCUUCCACAGCCUCCUUACGAUCUACUUUCAGGUCACUACCAUGCCUACCAUGCCCUGAAGGCUGGAAAGAAGACCUGCUCCCUGCUGCAAGGCCCAUUUCCACCUGGCCUAGGGGGCGGAGCCCAGACUCACCUUGAACAGCCAAAAGAGGCUCCUGGGAAGCCACUGGGACAUUGCUGGAACAUCUCUUGGGUUGGGGGCAAAUGACAAAAAUGUUUUAUAAUGUUAAAAACAGUUCUCGUUUUGGUUCCUCUGUUUUGUUUUCGUUGAGUUGGUGUUGGUUAAAUGUUUAUUUGGGGUUAGUGGUUAUUUUAAUUUGGGUAUAACUGUAAACCGUUUAUUACUGCUAUUGUUAUUGUUGUUGGUUUGUUUGUUGCCUGUAUAGGAUAUUCUGUUUUUUAUGUUUGAUGUUUUGUUCUGUUUUCCUAUAUGCUGUUAGCUGCACAGGGUGGCUGUGAGAAGCCAACUAGAUUGGGGGAUAUAAAUUUGUAAUAUAUGCCCCAUUUGGGCCUCUGCAGGGGCUGGAGAAUAUCUAGGGCAGAGGAAUCCCUGCAGCUUCUCUGAGGCUCCUUUUACUCCUCCCUCCCAAGGAACCUGCAGCUUGUUUAGGCUUCUGAGCUCCUCAGGAAGGAUGAAAGAGGCUGAUCCUCUUUCACCCUCUUUCUGCUAAUAACAACCCCUUGAAGAUCCCGGGCCCCAGGGAAAUUAGACUGGCCUUGACUAGAGCCAGGGCCUUUUCAGCCGUGGCCCCGGCCUGGUGGACCGCUCUCCCACAAGAGACCAGGGCCCUGCGGGAUUUGACAUCUUUCCGCAGGGCCUGCAAGACGGAGCUGUUCCGCCAGGCAUUUGGGCAGGAUGCAGUUUGCCUUACUUUCCUUUGUAUAAAACAACCCCGAAGGAAGCCCCCAACCUGCUCACAUGACCUUGUAUGAACAGUGGAAACAGUUGGUCCUGGCAAGUAUUAACCACUCUCAAUUCCAACCUGAUAAUUGCCAACUGCUUAGAUUUUAACUUAUCUGAAUUAAUUUUAAGAUGUAUUUUAAUUAAUUGAUGUCUGUUUUUAUGCAUAUUGUGUUGUUUUUAUGAUGCUAGCCACUCUGGGCCUGGCCUCGGCCGGAGAAGGCAGGAUACAAAAAUUAUUAUUAUUAUUAUUAUUAUUCUCCUGCAGACCUAGCAAGGAUGGAAGGGGGAAGAUGGACAGUUGACCUGGUCAGGCUGUCUCCCACCAGCUCUGACUGUUCUCUCCCAGGACCCUCAGAGAGAUCUGGUGAGUUCCAGGGAAUGGAGAUGGGGACCUGGGGAAAUGUUGGGAUUGAGGAAGCCCACCUGGCAAGAAAACGAGGAAGGCUGCAGGGCCAGAGCUCUGGCUUGGCAGAGAUAAAAUGUAGACAGAAAAAGAAAUGUUUUUCAGUGGUGGCAUGGGCGCAAGAUUUUUGGUGGGGGGGCAGGCUUUUUGUUAGGGGGGCAGCACUGCCAUGAUUGGCCAGUUAGUUAAGUAUUUCUAAUGUUUUACCUGAUCUGGGGGGCUGCCCCCCACCCCUUCUUGGCUAUGCCCGUGAAUGGUGGUGUGAAGAAAAUUCUUUUUCAGAGUAUAAUGUUGUGUUGGGUCCUGAAUCUUCCGACACUCACUGGUAUAGCUGCAGCAAUUGCCAGAUGAGGGACUGAAUGGGCUUCAUCUCAGUAUGGAGACAGAUUUCCCCCCAGUUUGCAGCAGCCAAGCUGCCAGGUCAGCAGUGAGAAACCUGUGGGUCAUGGCAGCAGUCCCUCUCUAGCUCACGAAGCCAUUUUCCUCAAACUGUGUUCUGCUGCCCUACAUAUCAGUGGUGGGGCGUGCAGGGGCCAGGAUGUGACUGCAAAGGAUAUGUAUCAGGAUCCCGAAAGUGCACCGCUGAUUGUUCCUUGGCACCUGAGACUUUCUGUCAGUGCAGGUCAGCUGAUGAAACCUUAUGAAACCUUGUCUCUUUCAGCAGAUUAUGAUGCAGCACUUUGGGAUCUUCACUAGUUGCAGAUCUUGCAAAAAUCCCUGUAAUUGCUCUUAUAAGUCUUAUUAGAGGAAUGUCUUUUUCAAAAGAGUGCAGAAUUUUUAUGCACCAGCUGAUGUUGCUGUUUGAGUCGCCAUGAGGCCUGGGUGCAAGGCCCAUUCCACCUGGCCAAGGGGGUGGAGCCCAGGCUCACCUUGAACAGCCAAAAGAGGCUCCUGGGAGGCCACUGGGACAUUGCUAUAACACCUCUUGGGUUGGGGCAACUGGCUAAAAUGCUUUAAACAGUUCUGAUUUUGGUUCCUCUGUUUUGUUUUUGUCGGGUUGGUGUUGGUUAAUUGUUUAGUUGGGGUCGGUGGUUAUUUUAAUUUGGGUAUAGCUGUAAACAUGUUGUUAUUAUUGUUGCUAUUCUUAUUAUUGAUUUGUUUGUUGCCUGUAUAGGAUAUUUCUGUUUUUUAUGUUUGAUGUUUUGUUCUGUUUUUAUAUAUGCUCUUAGCUGCACUGGGUGGCUGUGAGAAGCCCACCAGAUUGGGGGAUAUAAAUUUGUAAUAUAUGCCCCAUUUGGGCUUCUGCAGGGGCUGGAGAAUAUCUAGGGCAGAGGAAUCCCUGCAGCUUCUCUGAGGCUCCUUUUACUCCUCCCUCCCUCCCAAGGAACCUGCAGCUUGUUUAGGCUUCUGAGCUCCUCAGGAAGGAUGAAAGAGGCUGAUCCUCUUUCACCCUCUUUCCGCUAACACCACCACCUUGAAGAUCCUGGGCCCCAGGGAAAUUAGACUGGCCUUGACUAGAGCCAGGGCCUUUUCAGCCAUGGCCCCGGCCUGGUGGACCGCUCUCCCACAAGAGACCAGGGCCCUGCGGGAUUUGACAUCUUUCCGCAGGGCCUGCAAGACGGAGCUGUUCCGCCAGGCCUUUGGGCAGGAUGCAGUUUGACUUACUUUCCUUUGUAUAAAACAAGCCCGAAGGAAGCCCCCAACCUGCUCACAUGACCUUGUAUGAACAGUGGAAACAGUUGGUCCUGGCAAGUAUUAACCUCUCUCAAUUCCAACCUGAUAAUUGCCAACUGCUUAGAUUUUAACUUGUCUGAAUUAAUUUUAAGAUGUAUUUUAUAUAAUUGAUGUCUGUUUUUAUGCAUAUUGUGUUGUUUUUAUGAUGCUAGCCACUCUGGGCCUGGCCUCGGCCGGAGAAGGCAGGAUACAAAAAGUAUUAUGAUGAUUAUUAUUAUUCUCCUGCAGACCUAGCAAGGAUGGAAGGAGGAAGAUGGACAGUUGACCUGGUCAGGCUGUCUCCCACCACCUCUGACUGUUCUCUCCCAGGACCCUCAGAGAGAUCUGGUGAGUUCCAGGGAAUGGAGAUGGGGACAUGGGGAAAUGAGGAAGCCCACCUGGCAAGAAAACGAGGAAGGCUGCAGGGCCAGAGCUCCGGGCUAGCAGAGAUAAAAGGUAGAAAGAAAGGACAUGAAUGUUUUUUAAUGGUGACAUGGGCAUAGUCAGAGUUUUGGGGCUGUUGUCUACCAGCUCCAUCACAGGCUAAGUCCCUACCUGCACACAGACUGUGGUACAUGCUAUGGUUAUCUCCCGCUUGGAUUGCUACAAUGCGCUCUAGGUGGGGCUGCCUUUGAAGGUGACUCGGAAACUACAAUUAAUCCAGAAAGCAGCAGCUCAACUGGUGACUGGGAGCAGUUGCCAGGAGCAUAUAACACUGGUCUUAAAGGAUCUACAUUGGCUCAGAGUAUGUUUCCAAGCACAAUUCAAAGUGUUGGUGCUGACCUUUAAAGCUCUAAACGGCCUCGGCCCUGUAGACCUGAAGGAGCAUCUCCACCUCCAUUGUUCUGCCCGGACAAUGAGGUCCAACUCUGAGGGUCUUCUGCUGGUUUCGUCACAGUAAGAAGUGAAGUAGUGGAACCAGCCCUGUGGAACACCCUCCCUUCAGAUGUCAAGGAGAUAAAGAACUACGUAGCUUUUAGAAGACAUCCGAAGGCAGCCCUGUAUUGGGAAGUUUUUAAUGUUUGCUAUUUUCCCUUAAUCUUAGCAGGUGAUGACCAGGGCAAUAAUGGUUCUCGGGGCUCAUCAGAAAGAAAUAAGCAUGAAGCGAAGAGAACAAAUGAUAGCCCUUUGUGUGGCAAAACGUUCAAAGGUAAAUCGAGCCUCAGCCCACACUGCAGAAUCCACUCAGAGGAGACACUGUGUAAAUGCUUGGUGUGUGGAAAGAGCUUCAGUGACAGCUCAGGCCUAAAAUCACAUGAAAGAAUUCACGCAGGACAGGAAUCAUACCAAUGCCUAGAAUGUGGAAAGAGUUUCAAGCGCCACUCAAACCUUAAAAUACAUCAGGAAGUCCAGAGCAGGAAAAAAUCACAUAGGUGCUUUGAGUGUGGAAAGAGCUUCAGUUGCAGGAGAAACCUUACAGAACAUCAAAAACUUCACACAGGGGAGAAACCGUAUACCUGUUUGUACUGUGGAAAGACCUUCCGUCACAGCUCAAGCCUUGCAUUGCAUCAAAAAAUCCACACAGGGGAGAAGCCGUAUAAAUGUUUGGAGUGCGGAAUGAGCUUCGCUCACGGCUCAAGUCUUAUAUCGCACCAAAGAAUUCACACAGGAGAGAAAUCUUAUAAAUGUACAGAGUGCGGAAGGAGCUUUGCUCACAGUGCUAGCCUUACUUCACAUAAGAGAACCCACACAGGGGACAAACCAUAUAAAUGCUUGGAAUGUGGAAAGAGCUUCAGCCAGAGUUCACACCUUAGUUCACACAAGAGAACUCACACUGGUGAGAAGCCGUAUAAAUGCUUUGAGUGUGGGAAGAGCUUCAGUCAGAGUUCACACCUUACUGUGCAUGAGCGAAUCCAUACAGGGGAAAAACCAUAUAAAUGUGUGACAUGUGGAAAGAGCUUUAGUAACUGCACAUACCUUGUUUGCCAUCGCAGAAUCCAUACAGGAGAGAAGCCCUAUAAGUGCUUUGAGUGUGGAAGGAGCUUCACUCAAAGCUCAAGCCUUGAAUCUCAUCAAAAAAUUCACAGAGGUGAAAAACCGUAUGCAUGUUUUGAGUGUGGAAAGAGCUUCACUCAAAGCUCAAGCCUUGAAUCUCAUCAAAGAAUUCACACAGGGGUGAAACCAUAUACCUGUUUUGAGUGUGGAAAGAACUUCAGUCACAGCACAAGCCUUACAUCGCAUCAAAGAAUUCACACAGGGGUGAAACCAUAUACCUGUUUUGAGUGUGGAAAGAAUUUCAGUCACAGCACAAGCCUUACAUAUCAUCAAAGAAUUCACACAGGGGAGAAACCAUAUAAAUGUUUGGAGUGUGGAAAGAGAUUUGCACAUGGAUCUAAGCUUACUUCUCAUAAAAGAACUCACAUGGGAUAA